AUGGUGCUUAAAAUAGAACAUAGUGGCAACUGGUUUUCAUUUUCUGAUGCUUUUCUUGCAGAUAGUCAAGAAAAUCUCACAGAAACAGAUCAUUAUUUUGUAAGAUCUCCUCCAAUGGAUCCCAAUGAGGAAUACAACAUGAAACAUAAAAGAAGAGGAAUAGCACUGAUCUUUAAUCAUGAGUACUUCUUUUGGCACUUGGCUAUGUCAGUAAGACAAGGCACGAAUGCUGACAAAGAAAACCUUUACAGAAGGUUAAAAGAGCUAGGUUUUGAAGUGAAAGCCUUUGACAACCUGAAAGCAACAGAAAUGUGGGAGAAAAUGCACGAAGUUGCAGAAGCUGACCAUCAUGACGCUGACUGUUUCUUAUGUGUUUUCUUGAGUCAUGGGGAGAAUGAACAUAUUUAUGCAUAUGAUGCAAAAAUCAGAAUUCAGGAACUGACAGACCUCUUCAAAGGAGACAAGUGCAAAAGUUUAGCAGGAAAGCCCAAACUCUUUAUUAUACAGGCAUGCCGAGGAGAGAAACAUGAUGAGCCAGUUGUACCCAUGGAUGUUGUGGACGCUGCUAAAGAACAGAUUGUAAAUGAAGAUGUGGUGGAUGCAGCUGCAGUAUGUUCCAUUCCUGCUGGAGCAGAUUUUCUUAUGUGCUACUCUGUAGCUGAAGGGUACUAUUCUCACCGUGAAACGUUAAAUGGCUCCUGGUUUGUUCAAGAUUUCUGUGACCUUCUGCGCACUCAUGGAUCCUCACUGGAGAUUACAGAGCUCCUCACUCUUGUGAACAGGAAGGUUUCUAAUCGCACAGUGGCUGCCUCAAAAGAUCCAAAUGUUAUUGGCAAGAAACAGGCUCCAUGUUUUGCAUCAAUGCUGACCAAGAAGAUGUACUUCAGGCCUAAAACAUCUUGAAGAAGAUCCCCGUUAACUCAGGGCUUUUAUUUGAUUUUACUUUUUUAAUGUGGAGAAAAAGGGAACACGAUCAGUUUACAGAUUUAAUUGUAUGCUACAUGAAAUGAUUUAAAAGAUAUCUGGCUAGAUCUUUAACAUGACACUUCAUUGUUUGUUUUCUUUAAAAAUUAGUACUUUUGAUAUCCACUACUAUGGUGGUUUGUCACAAGCCAUAAGUUUCUCUUUAAACAUUUUAUUGUAACUGUGCUCUGGUAUCUUUUUCUAAGAAGAUUUCCACUUAACAUUCUAAAAUUUUGCUACUUAUCACUUUAUAGCCAAGCUUGAUAAAAUUGCCUGCAGAAUGUUUUCUGUGCUAGUGACAGAAUGAACAGCUUUUGUUUUGCACAUUGUACAAAACACUGGCAAAACCUGUUUAUUUUCUUCUUAGAAUUCCACUCGUGUAAAAAUACUUAGCUUUCCUAUGAGCAGUAUUGUUUACAAAGCAUGUUGGCUGUUUUUUUUUUUUUUUUUAAAUUCUCCUUUGCUGCAGCAGAAUUUAUUAGAUGGGAUUCACAAGCAAAGUGUACUGGGAACAAAUGAGCCACUCGAAAAGAGAGAACGAUAUAAAUCCAGGCAGUUAGAAGACAUUACCGUAAGGACUGCUGUUGUAUGAAGUGACUCUGAUGGUAAUGACACCCACCUGCUGGCACGGUCUCCAUCUUCCUUUUUAGUAAUGCAACAUUGGAGCUUAUUCCUAUUUAGUAAGGCUGUGCAUUUCCAGCUCACUGCAAAAGGAAUCCGAAUGUGACUAACCCUGUACAUUUUUUUCUUCUUGCUUGAGUAUGUCAGGCUAAACAUCUUUUUGGCAGAACUUAACAUAAAGAGCCUUUUGAACAUUCAAUUUAUAUUUGAUGGUUUACCAGUAUCAGUCUUUACAGCUUUUAUGUUGGAAGAUUUUUGUGUUACAUGUGACCUGUAUAUGUGUCUGCAGAAUACAUCCUGUCCUCUCCAUUAGUAGAUGGCUGCUUCAGCAAAAUCCUCUGAUAAGCACAAUGUCUGCAUCACUGUCGUUUAGUACUUUUAUUUAAAGUGGACUUUUUGUUGUUGGGAGUAAAUGUCAUGAUAAUGUUUCUUAACUUUACCAGGAGUUCAGUAAUGCAUUGUGAGGUUAGUGUCACAAAAUUCUUGGGCUACUUCUUUUUGAGAAGAUCUUGAAGAAAUUUGAAAUUGGUAUAAAGUAACUUAUGUUUUUCAUGUUUCUUCUUUAAGAACUGUAAAACCAAAUAAGAAUGUAUUGAAGCAGUUAUCAGUCAUCUGAACUUUGGUUCAUUACACUAAUGGAGAGACAGCUGUCCCUGUAUCUGUGUGUCUUGAAUGCACUGUUGCCAUAUCACAAUCCCCACACUGGCUAGAAACUGAAAUAGCUCAAAGUUUCACAGCUGUGUAUCUUUAGGUUCUGUAUUAAAAGGAAAAGAUGUUAGUCUUCAGAGAUGGUGAGCAUAUCCAUAUCCUAUGUUCAUCAAUAACUAAGAUGCUUCCUACAGGGCAUAUGGUGACAUGGAAAUUUUCCAUCUUCUUCCACUCUUAACGGACAGUACUGCACACAUGCAAAGGUGAUUAUAUCUAGUUGUUCCCCUUAUAUCCUGAAGACAGCUUUAAGAGACUGCCCUGUACAUGAAUGCCAGUCUGCAGUGGCUGUAUAAACAGAGGUCUUUCAGAGAAAAGCUGUGGAUUUUGCUGUUUAUGUUAAAGCUUUAAUUUUGAGCCAUUGCCUUUUUGUUUUCUUCCAGCCCCAUACUCCUUUAUAGUACUUGAUGUCUUUCCAACAGUUUCCCACUGCUUUUGGCCUUCACUGAUCAAUAUUAAAGAUGAGUACUUGCCAUAUUUAUUUGCAUGUGAAAAGGUCCUGUACAGUGGUGCUUAUUCCUCCAUCCCCACGUCUGAAUGACUUUUCUAUCCAGUAUCUUUGGAUGUAUUUUCCUGUAAGCAGGCAGUUGCAUAACAAUCUGUUCUUUUGCUUUUGUACGUUUCAUGUUGUAAUCAAUUACUGUUUGGAUUAGUCAUACAGCAGAAGAGGCUGAACACUCCUGACUAGUUUACUGUGAGACAUCACAAUAUGUACCAUCAAUAGGUACACAAGUCCUCCAAAACAGAGAAGCUAGAGAAGUGUCUGAAAAGUUCUGAACUUGGGAACAUCAAAAGAGAAAGUUCUGGUGUUUCCCACAGUAUAGAACCUUCUGACAGAUUUGCUGAUGAGCUGUUUCUAGAACAAGACUUAUUUGAAUGCUUCCAGAUACAAACACUGCAGCCCAUACUGUGGACAUAAAAAUAGUCUUCCAGAACACUAUACAUCUCGCCUGGCUUCUGAUACUUAGAUGGGUUCUCCAUAAUUUUUGUUGCACAGUUCAAGCAAAACACCGCCCAUCACUUGGCAGUCCUACCACCAGUUAGGCAAAAUGUUGAUAAUGUUAGAAAGUAUUUUGCAUAGUUGGGCUGUUUUAGGAAAUAGGUCCCUACUCUUGAGUCACUUUUGGAAUCCAUUAGCAUUCUGUUUCACUGGAUCAAGAAAAUGAGACCACUGCAGGUAGUCACAGUGCCUGUAGCAGUGGUGAACUGAAUGCAUCUACACAUGAUAAAAGUAGCCUUAUGACUGUCACAAAUGCCCUUAGUAGUUCAGUGGCAAGAAAUGUUUGUCAGAGGCUCAUAAAUCUAACCGCUUAAAAACAAAAACUGUAGAAGUAUCCUUUGUAAAGUCUGUUUGUCUGGGUGCAGAUACCCAGGAACAUACAGUUUUUUGCAGUAGAGAACCUUGUCUGCUUGAGGAAGACCAACCAAUGUGUAUUCACCAAUUAUAUUUUUAAUGAUAGUAUCUACAGUUAACAAAAAGCAGUAAGAAAAAAGGCAUGCCUUUCUCCCCCUUAAAUGUUUCUGCUUCUCUGAAAAUUAAAUGAAAAGUAUUUAAACAUGAUCUGGAAUCAGUAAUGGAGAAUGAAGAUAAGUGAGGACUGGGGCUAACACAAUGUUUUAAGCCAUGAAAGGGACAACAGACAGCUAUGGGCAUGAUUGAGGUUCAGGUUUUGUUCAGUUUUGCUAGGGUCAUUGUAGUGGAUCUUCUGUGAUCAAUGCCGUAAAAUAAUAAAACUAAUCCAAGGUACAUAUUCUUAUUUCUAAUCCAUGAGAUAAGGGAUGGUCUGUUAUGUCCUUUUGAAAAAAAAAAAUAGUUUCCCUUGUUAUUGAACUCUAAAGCAGUCCCUAUCAGAAGGCAACAUUUUACCAGACACCGUAUUUCUGGUCACUGCAAGAAGGCAAACUAAAUACCUCCCACUUCUCUAGAAACUGGGGAAGAGGAGCACUUGUGAUCAGAAAUCUCAUUAAGGUCCCCUCACUUCUUCCCACCCUAAGACUGGAGCUGCCUCAGCAGCUCUGGUUCAAGACUUCUGAUAGUGCUUUGCUGCUUUAUCCUCACGUCAUCAUGAAGAGCUGUUUGACAGAAUUUAGAGAGGUGAGGAUAUUCACAGCACAUUCUGUUGACAACUAAUUGUUGCUGAAUGUGUACCACACAUCUUUAAUGUCAGGCGAACAUAAGUCUGUUGAUUCUGCUUCCCUGCCCAGUGCUCAGACUAAUUUUCCAGUAUUGGCACUAAGUUGGGGAGGGCUGUACUCCUGAGCUGUCAUCCUUCAUCUGAGCUAUUAAACAGGUCUUGUCUGCCAGUAAAAUAUACAAGUUAAAAAUGUUUAAUUAUAGGAUUAUUUGCAUCUUCAUAAUUAAUGACAAACAUCAAAGCCAGAAUGUUAAAGUGCACACAUUUGGUCUAACCAAUUUUAUUAAUUUCUUUAUAAAGAAAAUCGUGUCCUUGCCAAAUUUCUUCUAGUCAUGAUCACUAUCACCUCGGGUCUUCCCUGAAAAUAGGCCAUGCGUUCAUUCAACUAACCCAGUCAAAAUAAGUAACAAUAUGGAAGUUAAUAAAACUAUAAAUAGAAUAAAACUGAUCAUGGCAAGGGGAGUAAACCCCACACAUUUCAUUUUUGGAAGAAUGGGCCCACACUGCCAACUUAAAUUGAUUUUAGUAGUUUUCCAUUGCAUAAAAAGAAGUUUGGAAAGUCUGAACCCCAGAUAUAUAAAAGCUGCUCUGAGUGAAUUCAUUUAAGACCUUUCUUUUUGUCAUGAUCAAAUCUCUGCAUUUUUCUAAAUAUAGAAUACUGGUUUACAUACAAGUCUUAAAAUCUCAUCACAAAUUUCUCAGAUUUAUGAGAGGUUCUCAUAACUAGCAGUUUUAUUGUGCUCUAAUUCUGUAAAUCUAUCACGGAUAUCUGCAAUGACAUAUAUUUCAAGCAAUCAGACAGUCCAUGUUUUCUUUUAAGGUAAUUGGCUUUUAUUAGUUGUCAUAUAUCUUCCUUUGGAGUGGGACUAGGGGUACAUCCUCCCACUUCCUUACUCUUGGCAAUUAUGCUCUGUGCAUAGAAUGUGAAUUUCAUGACAUUGUAGUCUGUCCAGGUAGUUGAAGUAAAACUGGGGACAUCUAUAAGGGCGUUUUAAUUACUCCAUGGUCAUUGUUGCAUCUCUGACAAAAAAAAACACCCAAGGUACAAGACCAGGUAAAGAAGUCUUACUAGGUCUUUUGGUACAGCCAGUCUCAUUAUGCCAGUUGCUAGGUUGUUUGUUAAAAACAAAAAAUGGAUGUUGCAGACUCAGUGCAGUUGGACUUGCAAGUCCCAGGGUGAACAAGCAUGAGUAACAUCUACUUUAGUACAGCCCUAUCUUGAUAAGCAGAGCUGCCAGACUUGCUUAUAGUAUAACCAAACCUUUCUGUCUUCCUGUCCUUUUAUAUUCCCUUAUAACAGAUGCUUGUAUCUUAGAUUGUGGACUUGCAUUCAGAUACACCAUUUUCAGGUCUUCUGGAACACUUAGAAUUUGUGGAGCCGGAGUAACUGUGCAUCUUGUCUUGUGAAAUGCACGGUUUCCUGCCUAAUUUAUUUUUCUUGUCUGCCAUUUUGAUUAUCCACUGCCUAUAGAAUUUCUCAGAUGUGUAACUCUGGUGUUUGAACAGCAAGGGGAAAGCAAAACAUUGCAAUUUUCCCUGUGUUGAUAAUUAUUGGUGAGAAAGACAGGAAAAACAUGGAGACAGUUUUACUUUUAUAUUCAGAGAUAGAAGGAACAAAUUGCAUGACUCCCUCAGCAUCAACAACUUUAGUAGAGAUAAUCUUAGAUUCUUUUCAGAUGUCUGUUCUCUCCUAAAAAAUAAGCAUAGGCAGAGUUGGACUAUCCCAAUAGAUUCUAUACAGUAACAAGAGAUCAUGACAAAAUGGUUUCAAAGAGCUGUAUCCAUUGACAUGGCACUUUUCCCUUCAGAGAUUCAUUGCUUAAAGACUCUUCAUUUUGUCCAUAUGAAGCCUUAUUCAUCAGCCUUUCAAUACAAGACACCUUGUCUCAGUAGAAGACAUGUAUUUACAUUACUCUAAAAGAACUGAAGGUAGUACACAGGGCUGUGAAAGCUUUUCCAGAUAAUUUUCAGUCAGGACAUUUUCAUAUCAGGACAUACAGUUAUACAAAACAUAAAUAUGGAGGGCCAGUAUGUUUUACAGCUGUGUAGGAAGACCGUGUAAAUGUGGAAGACUGCCUUACAAUUCAUUUGGUUUCUUACAGCAUGUUUCAUGUGUGUAGAAUAAAUUAUCAAAUGCCUUAAGCAUGAAGAUGGCAUUGGGUUAAAAGUGGAAGUUGUGUCCAUGUAUCUUUCUAGACAUCUUACAGAGGUGGGGCCUUUUUAGAUCAUUGUUGCACACUGCAGCAGUCAGGUGAAAAUCUUGUUUUAUUCCCCACUGCACAGUGUAGAACAGUGGUGCACCAUU